AUGUUAGAGCAGCGCUGCACGCCGCGCGUGUGGUCUAUCGUUCUGCUGCUUUCCCUUACUUUCAUGGCCAUCCAUCUGAAUUUUGAACUUGUGUGGAAUACGCCAUCAUCGUCAAAUCACGCAUUUCACCGCGUGGAUCAAGUCAUCGUGCAGAACCAUUCGGACCCUAAGCUGCAAUUUGUUCAGACGCUUCACAAUAUUGCACAAAACACGUCACAAUCGAGAGGAAUUGUUAUGCCCGUUUACGACGCAAAUGUCAAAGUGGCAGCCUCGUUGAUUCUCGAAUUGCGGACUAUGGGUGUCAAUGUCUCGAUUGAAUUGCCACAUUGUGGAGAUUUAUCAAUUGACAUGCAACGUUUACUUCCUCAAAAAGCAGCCUUUGGUUUGAUUCAUAUUUAUGACGUAUGUGAGGUGGCAGCGGCUGCAACGAUUGAGGGAAAUGAUGCUCAAAAACUGUUUUGUGAAAAUAUUGCAGCAUGCCACGCUAAAUUUCGAUCAUUCGAUGUUAAAAUCAUUUCAGUCAUUUAUUCGAAAUUUGAAGAAGUGAUGAUGAUCGACGCUGAUACGAGCUACUUCAUUAGCCCAACACUAUUAUGGAACACAGCGAGAUACAAAGCCACUGGCACGUUUAUCAUGAAUGAUCGCAUCGCACACGAAAUUUAUUACAUGGCGGAACGCAUUGGUGGAUCUGGAAAUGUCUCAGCGCAGCAUCGGUACAUGGCACGCUUUGAUCCUACGCCCUUUCGCUUUCUUCCUACGUUGGAGCGUGCGAAAGCUACCCUGCCAAAUCCUGUAUCGCUCCAAUUACAAUUUGAACCGAGUGAUUAUUUACUCAGUAGUCACUCGUGGAAUCUCCGAACUGGACAUCAAGUUGACUCGUCCCUUAUUUUGUGGAACAAGAAGAAACAACCACGCGCUACUGCCAUUCUUGGGUCAUUUAAGACGCUUAGUGACAUUGGUUCACCUCCGUCAUAUGGUGACAAGGAGUUGUACUUUUAUGCUGCAGAAUUAGCUGAAUCCCAAUACUCUUUCUCUGAUUAUGCUAUUGGGGCGGUCGGGUUAGAAUAUUUCGACUAUGGUGAGAACAAAUCGACUUUAUGCGGCGAUAUGGCGCAGGUUUUUCCAAUCAAGCAAGCGAACUGGAAGGAUGUUCCGCUGUUUUACUUGAAUACUGACCGCAUUUUGCACUUCAAACCGGAAAGUCAACCGGUAUACUAUAUGAAAGCUCGUUUAGCAGAUGUCUAUGUUGGACCGUUUGGGGAACGUCGCAUGGAAUGCCCGUUUGAGAUGACAGGAGCCCAAUUUUCUCAAGCUGAAGCAAGACAUUUGACUGCACGUCAACAACUGUAUGCUCUAGUGAGUGAAUGGGAACGAAUUUUUCUGGACAGCGCAAGUAGCUUAACAUCAAAAGAAGCGAAAAAUGCUGCGAUCGAUGGCAUGGUUGAGGACCAGAUGCGUGAAAUGCGAGCCGCGUAUCAGCAUGUAAAGAUUCCAAACCAUUAG